AUGCCAAGGCUUCUGAGAGAUAUCCUCUGUGUCAUCGAGACAUUCCACAAGUACGCCAGUGAGGACAAUGAGAAGGCAACGCUGACCCACAGAGAGCUGAAACAGCUCCUUGAGGGCGAGUUUGGGGACUUCCUUCAGCCACAUGUCUUACAUGCUGUGGAGAGAAAGUUGAACCUUCUGGAUAGUGACAGAGAUGGCACCAUCAGUUUUGAGGAAUUUCUUCUUGCAACCUUCAGUUUAUUGAGCCUCUGUUACCUUGACAUAAAAUCAUCACUAAAUUCAGAACCCCAACAGAAGUCUAGAUCAGAGAAGACAGAUGAUGUGGGCCGUUGGGCAAUCACCAGAAGUCGUCAGCAGGUAGCAGGAGUUCUGCCAACUCAGGGAAGGUCGAUACCUCCUUCAGGAACAGCAUCAUCAGCUCAGCUCAGCAACAAAGAAGAGGCAGUUGGAUACAAUAAGGUGAGCCCAUGGGAAGACACUGAGACUCACAAUCUGCCAAGGGAAGUGGCCGAGCCCAAUGACCCUAAGAGCCAACGUCUAGAAGAAGAUGGUCAGGAAGUAGCAGAUGUCUCAGCAGCAGAAGACGAUGGAGACCAAUUUAAGAUAAACAAGCUGUUAGAAGGAUCAAAACAGACCAGCAGUCCUACAGGCAAGAUCCCUAAAGAAGGAGAUCAACCAGUCAGGAGGCAAAGUGACACCAAAACAAGUGACCGAAAAGAAAUAGCACAGAGACCAUCUAAAGACCAGGAAAUUGACACAGAAAAGAAUAUCAUGAAACAUUCUAAAGCACAAGAUCCAUUCUUGCAAGGAGACGAUAAACCCAGUUCAGAGCUCACUGACUUGCCAGUACAAGCUGCUGCCAGGAAACCAUCUGGGGCACAGAAAUGUAUUGAGUCUAUGGAUGAUUACAGAAUGUCUGAGACUCGAGAACCAGAAAACGAUGCUGGCAGAGCACCACCAGAGACCACAAAUUCAGAUGAGCCUGAGGACGGUAAUAGAACAUCUGAGACCCCCGAAUUACCAGCACAAGAAAGAGAACAUGAAGCAGCAGAAAAGGAAGAGGGGAGAAUUCAUGAGGCACAGACAGAGCAUGAAAGAAAAACUCACCCCCCCGCAUUGGAAUCCCAAACACAAGAUGGGAUGCAUCAAGAAUCCCAAGCCUCAUGGAGGGAAACCGGUGCUGAAAAAGGUUCUUGCAUACAAGAUCUAAGCUCCAAAGAAGGAAAUGUCUCUGAAAUUAAAAAAGCAUCAGUCUCAGCAAAAGAGGCAAGACAUCCCAAGGAAGACACAGCAGAAGCAUUUGCAAGCAAUGAAAACUGCCCUGCAGCUGAAGAGACACCAGGAGCAAGGGAAAGAACACGGGAGCCGGCACCUGUUGAAAAGCAGUCUCGGAGAGAAAAUACUGGGGUCACUAGGACUCAGGAUAAGCCGGUCAGGAAGGAUGAUGCCUAUGAGGAGGAGGAUCCUGUGUUGCCAGUUGCACAGAAUAGUGAGGGGUCUAGUGGAGCUCCCAACAGCCUGGCUCUGGUGAUUGGUAACAGCAGCUCAGAGACAGGUAAACCCCAUGUGCCAGGGGAUUCCCAGAGUCAGGUGGACCCCCACGGAAGGACUAUGCAAGAGGGUCACAAUAACAACCCAGGUGCCGGGAAACAGAGAGCACCAGGAGAGAGCAGCAGAGCACAUGAGGCAGUAGUACUGUCAGUCCAAGAUGUGCAGCUCCCACAGGAACAGGAACAGCCUGCCAGAGAGAAACACAACAGUCAGAGCCCAGGGACCGACAGAGGCCUAGGGGCAGCUGUGGAGCCCAGUGAACAUUCACAGGCACAGGAGACCACAGCAGGAGAUGAAAACAGAAAAUUCCUAGAGGCAGAGAGUUCAGAGACCCAGGAUGCAGACUUCCGUGGUCAGAUUUCCGUAGAGCAGCUCCCUGAUAAGGAUGGUAACAGAAAAGAGCUAAAGGUCCAGGGCCCAGACGCCAAAGAAGAUGGAGCACCAGAGACCCAAGAGACCCUAUUCAAAAGUCUAGAAGAGAACAAGUUAGCCUCCCCCAAGACACAUGUUGAAAAAGAAAAGCCCACAGCAUUGGAGGAAGAAGUUGAAAAUCCCCAGGAGUCAUCAAGAGAAGCUGCCGAACAAAGCAGUGAAUCAUCUUUAUCACAGGUUCUCUGA